AUGCCUUUUAGGGCGAUUGAUCAAGAUGGCUUUAGAGAUUGGAUCCAUGACUUGAUUCCAAAGUACAAGCUUCCAAAUAGGCACAAGGUGGCGGCGGCAGUUUUAGAAUUGUAUUUUACAGAGAAGGAAAAAAUCAAGGAGGUGGUUGAUGGUUUGAGGACAUUGCAUAAGAGGAUCCUAAAUUUUGUUCAAAUUACGUCUCACGAUGAUCAUAAUAUUGGGAGGUGUCUAGAGGUAUGCUUGAAUAAUUGGGGCAUAGACAAUGUAUUUAGCAUUACCGUUGACAAUGGUAGUGCCAAUGACACCGCCAUUGCAUACAUGAAGAGAAGGCUCAAGUCCAAUGGUACUCUUUUACUUGACAGGACUCCCUUGCACAUGAGGUGUGCUUGUCACAUCCUCAAUUUGACAGUUAAAGAUGGAAUGACGGAGCUUAGUCUUGAGAUUGAAGGGAUAAGGAAUUGUGUCAAAUUUAUACACUCAUCCCCUACGAAGUUGGAGACUUUUAGGGAGUAUUGCAUCUUGAUGAGAUUUGAUAAGAUGUUGAAUAUUCUUUUUGAUGUUGUCACAAGGUCGAAUGCCACCUAUGAAAUGCUCAAUAGUACCUUCAAAUUUAAGCAAGUGUUCUCAAGGAUGGUGGAUGAGUGCAACACUUUCAUCUUUUACUUUCAAGAGGAGGUAUCUAAAGAGAUUAAUGGGGUCACAACCAAGGUGAAACGAGUGGGUCCUUCGGUGUUGGAAGAUUGGGAGAGGGCGGUGAGUUUUGCUCACUUUCUUAAAAAGUUUUAUCAUGCCACCUUGACACUUAGUGCAAUCCUAACUCCAACUUCAAACUUAAUACUCGGCAUGAUGAUUGCAUUGCAAGUGGAGAUAGAAUAA